ACAUUUUCAAGAUGGCGACUAUGCCGAACAUCAUUUCCAUUCUGUACCUGAUCUGCCUGACAGGAUUUGUGGCAUCCCAGGGCGUCAGGAGUCCUCCUCCAGUAAGAUGUCGAGGAGGAUUCACUGUCAGAAAAGCAGAUCAAAGAAGUCUUACUGCUGGACGAAAAGUUGGUUUUCAGGAAGUCUUAACGAACAUAGGAGGGUGGUCCCAGUCAACUAACGAUUUCCAGGCUCCUUGCAACGGGGUUUACUACUUUUCUUUUCACGCCAUCUCUCCGCAAAAUGACGACUUCACGCUGGCACUCAUGAAGGGAGGAAUCUAUCAAGUUACGGCCUACGGCAGCAGGAAUGAUUACCAGCAAGGCUCUAACUCAGUUCUGCUCAUUUUAAAUGCUGGAGAAAAGGUCCAUCUGGAAUUGCAAGGGGGAACGAUUUACGAACACCCAUUCAACGAGGCCUAUACGUCUUUCUCAGGAUUUUUGGUUGAGGCCAUUUAAUAUGUUUAUCUCCCUGAUUUGCGGGUGACAGAGAUCUAACUCUAACAAUUAUUUUUCUUCGAAUGGAAAGACUCAUGUAAUGAAAGCGAAUGCAAAUGAACGACAUAAAAAGCAUCAGUAACUUCUAGAAGAUUAAUUUCAUCUAACAUAUAAUAAAUUUCCCUCCACAUCCUCUAGGUAAUACAGAAGGUAGAAAUAACAGUCUGAAAUAACUCUUAACCAACUGGUUUCAGGAUUAAGCAAACAGAAUAUAGCAACUAUUCUUUUUUCCAGAUUAAGACAUCACAUCUUUGCUUGGUUAUGUAGUCGUUCAUUAUCAAUAGCUGUUUCUUUCAAUGCUUUCACUUCAAAAGGCACUUUCUUUUCCUUUCGUUGAGGUCUUAUGUAAUCUCAUAUUUUACGGUAAUCAAAAAUACUCACUUCCCAAUUCAUGUUAGGGAUGCCAGAGUACAGUUGCUUAUCAACCUUCCCACGAUUGAAGAUUAUGAUGCCAACUUCCGGUUUGUCUUUCUUUAUGGGCACGUUGCCCACAUCCUAAAAUAUUUAGCUUCCUAAAAUGCACUAAUUCUUCAUGAAUUGUAUCAAUAAUGAUUCAAAUUUAUGAUCCAAAAAUGAAGUAGCUGUUUGAGUUUCUGUGUUGUAUUACCUGCUAAGUGAAUAUUUGGAACCUAGAAACACGAUUGUCACAAUAAACUAACAAUGAAAUUUGAAAUGU